AUGCAACCGCUACCAAACUUGGGCCAAACAGACAUUGCUCAUCCAUCGGACCCAAAUAUCGACCAAACUACCAUCAACAAAAACAAUGACAUUGUCAUUAAAAAUGUCAUUAAAAAUGACUUUGAAAAUGACUUUAAUGACGACUUUGAUGACGACUUUGAUGACGACUUUGAUGACGACUUUUCAGAAUUUGAGCCUGCCGAGUUUGGAGAGUUUGGCAAGUACAUGACUGCAAAAAGGUCCAAACUUGAACGCCAGGCCCUCGAAACAAUGCGAGCUCAAACCGGUGGUCGCCUGCUCUCACACAUCUUUAUAGGAUGUACAAUCUAUAUCAAUGGUUACACGGGUCCAGAACGUUCAGAUGAACAACUAAGACGACUCAUAGUUGCCCAUGGAGGACGUGCCAUCCAACACAUGUCGCGCAAGGGGAAUGUCACUCAUAUUGUGGCUACAGGACUUACGGCAAGUAAAAAGAUCGAGUACAAAAAUAUGGCCGUUGUAGUUCCACGAUGGGUCGACGCAUGUAUCGAAGCCGGGAAGCUUCUUGAUUGGAAAGAAUAUAGAACAAUUCCUGUUGACUUGACUCGUGGUCAAACAACCUUGGUUCCGUUAAAAAAUAACAAUAUCCAACAGCAACAGCAACAGCAACAGCAACAACAACAGCAACAACAAAAACAAAAACAACAAAAUGAUGGCAUCCCUAGUAUAGCUGACCCAGCUUUUAUAUCUCACUUUUACUCUCACUCACGCCUCCAUCACCUUAGCAUGUGGAAGGCUGCUCUACGUCAUAAAUACCUGGCAGCAGCUGCAGCCGAGUUGGCCAAAAUACCCUCAGCUUGUGCCCCCCUUGAGGACCCCUCUCGGCGUGUUAUUUUGCACAUUGACUAUGACUGUUUCUUUGCUGCCGUCUCGUCACUUAAAUGCAACCCCCCAGUUCCACCAGCUGUUCCGGCAGCAGUGACAUCCGGAUCGCAUGCAAAAUCAGAUAUUGCAUCGGCAAACUAUGCAGCUCGUAAACACGGCGUGCGUAAUGGCAUGCUACUUCAAACAGCACGCGCCAUGUGCCCAGACCUUUAUGUAUUGCAAUAUGAUUUCCCGGCUUAUGCAGAAGCCAGUGCAGCAAUGUACGAAACACUGAGCGCUGCGCGGGCAGGUCCCGUGUGCCCGAUAUCUGUUGAUGAAGCACUUCUUGACGCGACUGAAUGGGUCGCCGCUCAAAUACCCAUUAGUGUUGCUACCCAAAAAGAAGAAGAAAUUGAACGCCUUGCAACCACUUUGGCAAAUACCCUGCGCGCACAAAUCCGCACUAAAACAGGUCUCGAAACUUCGGUUGGAAUCGGACCUAGUGGGUUGUUGGCCCGUGCAGCUUUGGCCCAAGCAAAACCCUCAGGGGUACGGUGUGUGGUAUGGUCCUCCAGAAUCGCUUGUUUGGCAGGAACCUUGCCUGGGUUUACCCCCAUCUCACUGAACGACCUACCUGGGCUGGGCCCCAAUAUUGUAUCAAGACUGCGAGCUGAUCCAUUGCGCAUAAAGUCAUAUGCUGCACUCUCUAGGUUUGCGCGUGGUCUGCCUCCUGAAGAGAAAUCCUUGGAUGCUACAAGUGAUCCCAAAGCUGCAGCCAGGGCGUGCGACGCGUUAACUUGUAUUUUCGGACCCAAACUCGGACGUAGGUUGUGGGAAUAUGGUCAUGCUGAAGAUGUCACUGACUUUGCACGGCACGUUGAAACCGCACUUGCACGCAAGUCGGUAGGUGCGGAAAUCUCGUGGGGAGUACGUGCAACAUGUCGUGAGGACGUGGAAGCAUUUGUGCGUAACCUAUGUGCAGAAGUUGCUAAGAGACUUGCAUGUGGAGGACUAAUGGAAUCUCCUGAAGAUUCAGGGGAGGGGAAUGGGGGGGAGCAGGGAGGAAGUGGCGUGUUGCAACAACAUCAGAAGCCUGGCCCACUUGUUGGGACCAGUGUGAGUGUGCGUGUUUAUAUAGCCAAACUCAAUGCCGACCCGAUGCGUUCCAAGGCCAUGGGCCAUGGACAGUGUGACGUUGUGAGCCGUACACGACAGGUUCCUGGAGGUAUUCCGACACGGGAUGCUCAAGUGCUUGCACAAGUUGCACAGGCUGCACUAGAUGAUACGCCAUGCACGCCCAGCAGGCUACGCGGGGUUGGCGUGACUGUAACACAGUUGGUAGAAGAGGGUAGUGUGAUAAAAAGGAAACGGUCUGGGCCUAUGCUUCGGUUUGUAGACAAGGGCAAACAGAAACGCAAAGUGCACAUUGAGGAGGAGACCCUGGGGAAGAUUGAGAAAGAAGCUCAAGAAAUAUCAAAUGAAGAAGGUGGGGAUGACCAGAAAACAACAACAACAACAACAACAACAACAAUAACGAUCAAAACUCCAACAAAGGACCCGGAAAUUGAUUGGAAUACAUACUAUGAGCUUCCAGAAGAUGUGCGCGCAGCAGUGCGUGCUGAAUAUGCGUUAGCUGCAACCCCGCGCGGACUCAGCCGGAAGCCAGGUGCAUUAUCCUCAGUGCCUUAUACUCGGGAAACCCAGUCGGCGCCUCCCCCGGAUACUCAGUCGAGUGCAAUUUUACCUGGUGUGGUCCAACCUGGUGCAGUCCAACCUGGUGCAGUCAGGCCAGAUGCGGCCCGGUCAGACGCGGCCCGGUCAGAUGCGGUUCGUGCGCCGCCCCGGGUAGUUCUUGGGCCACUGCUAAAGCGCGGGAAACAUACACGUUUUCAGGUACAGUCUGCAAGUGUACCGCAACACCAUGACAUUCUCGCACACCCAUCGCUACUGGACCCCGUAACACUUGGCGAGCUUCCGGACCAUAUUGCUGCCGAACUACAUGCUGCAGUUUCUGCACAUAAACAACACAAACAACAACAAAAACAAUAUAAACACACAUUUGGGCAACCACAAAAGUACCCACCACCACCACCACCACCACCACUACAUGAAAUUGAUUUGGACCUGCGACGACCUGAGGCAUACCGUGUUCGCGCGCCCGUAUUAGACAUUGACGCGCGUGGUGUGCCACUGGUUCGUAUUGGUGAGGGACCCUCUACGGUGGCCGCAUGCGUCACGGCUCGCAUUGUGGAUAAAGUCAGAGACGCAGGUAUUAAACGCAGGCCCGGAAUGGCAGCAAUUGUCGCAUAA